GAGACAGGCCAGCGAGCAGCGAGGCAGAUCCUUUGCGGGUCUUGGAAGCAGCGGCAGAAUCCGAGAGGGAGGCGGGCAGGAAUCCACCCCCCCCACCCCCGCCCUCCUUCUCCUCCGGGGACAAACUUUCCCCUGCCGCCUGUUUGGGGGCUGCGAUCGCGAUCCAGACGAGUGCGGCGCUUGCGGAACCGGGAGGCGACGGAGCCGGCGCAGCGCUCGUCUUGGCUGCUACUACUACUGCUGCUGCUGCGGGCGCCUGCCGGCUUCCUUUGCCCAGCCGAGCGGGGCUUCCCCUCCCCGACGCCUCAUUUUGUUUUUAAUCGUCCCCCCGCCGCUUCCAAACUUCAACCCUUCUUCUUCUCCUCCUUCCUCGGGGACAAGAGGCUCCUCCUGCCGCCGCCGCCUCUAGAGGGGCAUCUGCCGCGUCUUUUUUUCGCUCUCUCUCCCCGCCACCCCGCGAGGCCGCUUUAGUUUUUGCAGUUUCUUUUUAAAAAAGAUAAAUGAAAGACGGGGGGAAAGGAAGGACGGCGGUGGGAAGGAAUUUGUACUCCUUUUCCCCCUUUUAGGGUUUUUUGGGGGUGUGUGUAUUUUCCCAUUUUCCUGCAAGCGGAUCUUAGAGCCCCCACCCCGCCCUGGUCUUUUCGGACUGUGAGAAGCUAUUGGUGGCGUUAUAGUGAAGACUUGGUGGGAGACGCUUUGUAUUUAUUUAUUUAUUACCCCCCCCCAAAAAAAGUUUUUGGUUUGUUUUUAAAUCUGUUCAUUCGGCUCAAAGAGCAAAGCGCCUCUGCGUUGCUUUUUAAAAAAAUAUAAAUAUAAAAUUGGGAUCCGGCGCGAGGAAGAAUCGCGAUGCCUUUCCAAAGAGGAGCCUGGGGUGAAACUGACGCGAAACUGACGAAGGCUGCCUUGACCUGUCUCCUGUUGCUGCUCCAGUCAGUCUCUGCAAAGGUUUGGGCCCGUCAACAUUGUGAAAAUGGGCACUUCACCUCUGCUGGAGAUUGCUGCGACCUCUGCUUCCCAGGCUUUGGGGCCACUGUCCCUUGUGGGAGCACUAACACCAAGUGUGAACCAUGUCAAGAAAAUGUGAUGUUCUCCUCCGUAACCAGUGCUACAGAGCCGUGCCAGCCAUGUUCAGUAUGUCCGGGCCAUGCGCUCAUGCUGGUUGCAUGCACCUCUGCCCACGACACUGUCUGUGCCACCAGCUGCCCCAGGGGGCAUUACCUCCCUGCAGGAAAUGGGAGCCACGGCAAUGGGCAGUGUCUUCUCUGCCAGGUGUGCCCAGAGGGCUACGGAGCAGUGAAGCCAUGUGGUCCAAGUACUGACACUCUGUGUCAGAAGUGCCCGGAUGGGUUUUACUCGGAGGCCAAGAGCUCUUUGGAAGCAUGCCUGCCUUGCCGGCAGGAGUGUGGCAAGAACGAGGUGAUGAUCCAAGCCUGCACCCCUCUCUCGGACACUCUGUGCAUGGACAAAGAGCUGCAGAUCCUGAAGCGCAGUGAGCCAGAUGCCCGGAAGGAUUUCCCUAAAAGGACGCCACUCUUGGAUUCCGAAGGCAGCGUCCCCCCCAAUUCCUCCUCUUCGGAGUUCGUUCCCCCGUUGGCCGAGGACCACAGCAAGAACAUCAUUCCGGUCUACUGCUCCAUCCUGGCAGCUGUGGUCGUGGGACUUCUCGCCUAUGUGGCUUUCAAAUGCUGGAGCACGUGCAAGCAGAAGCAGCAGCUGGCGAAGGCGCGGGCAGGAGAGCUUGUUUCUUCUCCAGAAGGGGAGAAACUUCACAGUGACAGCGGGGUCUUCCUUGACACUCACAGCCUCCAGGACCACCACCCUCUCAACAAGGUCCACAAGAUUGAACCACAGCUGUACGUGAACCUCCCGCCCCACAAGCAGGAAGAGGUGGAGCAACUGCUGGAAUCGCCCGCCCACGGCAAAGACUGGCGCUGCCUGGCCAACCACCUGGGCUACGAGGAGGAAACCAUUGACACCUUUGGCAGGGGAGAAGCCCCUGCCCACACUCUGCUCUCUGAUUGGUCAGCCAAGGAAGGGGCCACGCUGGAGUCCCUGUGCACAGCCCUGGCGGCCAUCGAGAGGGCAGACGUGGUGGAGAACUUGAACGCCCCUGCCGAGGUCAGCUCCGUGGUGUGAUGGAGGGACCUGCUGGCCCAGCAGGUGGACUUGCUAGGUUUACGUCUGUCUGUCGGUCUGGGUUUUACUAAAAUAUAAAGGGGGGGCAGGGCAUGGGAGGAGGGGGAGAAGAAGGGAUGCGUCAGGGAAGAGUGGGGCAUUGUUACUGUAAAGGGAUUUUUUUUUUAAAAAAAAGCAAAAACAUGAAACCUUGAGCAAAUGACAAUGGACAUCAAUUCAGCACAUGAGCAUCGAUGGAUGACCUGCCGGUGCAACACGAAGAGGUUGUUUUCUUCAGUGGGAAGGAUAGAAAGCCUGGCCUGCUCUCUGAUUUGGGGCCCUCCAUGUUCUAGAUUUUGUGUGUGUGUGUGUGUGUGUGUGCGUGUGCUGGGGAGAAGCUGGUGCGUGGUUUUCUACUCCCUCCAGCAAAGGAUUGGACUAGAUGGCAUUUAGCCUUCCCUGCACAAGGCAGGAGAGCUGACCCCUGUUUUGGGAUGUCCACACGGCCACGAUCCAUCUUGCGGUUGUCACGUUUCUGUAAUCCAGGGGGUGGCUAACCUGCCGCCCUCCCAAAUUUUGUCCUCUUUUAAAAACAAAAAUUAAACGUUUCAGUUGUUUUCUGUACUAUUUUCACAAUAAAAAAAUGAACAUUUUAAAAAAAUUAAAAAGUGCCGAAUUGCUGAUGGGAAAGUGUUGUGGGAGGCAGCCUGAAGAUCUGCAUUCUCGCCACACUCACUUUUACACGCUGGCUACACCCACUUCUGCAAGGCAGAAACAGACAAGGAUGUCGGCCUCCUGUCCCUGAGCAGGUGGUCUGAGUGGGUUUCACAGGUGUGCCAAAAGGUUGCUGUGGAGCCGUUUGGUGAAUUGUGCAAGGAGGCCCUGAUUUCCCCCACCUCCACCCUGCAGACUUUAGGAACAUAGGAUGCCGACUUAUAUUGAGUCACAUCAUUGGCCGAUCUGGCUCCAUAUUGUUUACACUGGCUAAGAACAUCAGAAGAGCCUGUUGGAUCAGGCCAGUGGCCCAUCUAGUCCAGCAUCCUGUUCUCACAGUGACCAACCAGAUGCCCAUUAUGGGAAGGCCGCAAGCAGGAUCUGAGCUCAACAGCAACUCUCAUCUCCUGCAACUCGUCUUCAGAACCGUACUGCCUCUGACUAGGGAGGCAGAGCAUAGCCAGCAUGGAAUUUGUCUAAUCGUUUUUAAAGCCAUUUGAGUGAGCAGUCCCCACAGCGUCCUGCGGGAGCAAAUUCCACUGUUUGCUGCCCUGUGUGAAGAAGGACUUUUUUUUUGUCUGCCCUGAAUCUUUCAACAUUCAUAGAAUCAUAGAAUAGCAGAGUUGGAAGAGACCUAUAAGGCCAUCAAGUCCAAUCCCCUGCUCAAUGCAGGAAUCCAACUUAAAGCAUUCCCGACAGAUGGCUGUCCAGCUGCCUCUUGAAUGCCUCCAGUGUCGGGGAGCCCACUACCUCUCUAGGUCAUUGGUUCCAUUGUCGUAUGGCUCUAACAGUUAGGAAGUUUUUUCCUGAUGUCCAGUCGAAAUCUGGCUUCCUGCAACUUGAGCCCAUUAUUCCGUGUCCUGCACUCUGGGACGAACAAGAAGAGAUCCUGGCCCUCCUCUAUGUGACAACCUUUCAUGUACUUGAAGAGUGCUGUCAUAUCUCCCCUCAGUCUUCUUCUCCAGGCUAAACAUGCCCAGUUCUUUCAGUCUCUCCUCAUAGCUUCAUUGGAUGUCCCUGAGUUCUAGUGUAAUGAGAGAGGGAGAAAAGCUUUUCUCUGCCCACCUUCUCCCUGCCCAGGGUUUCAGGCAGGGCUAUCUCUCAGCCCCACUUGGGAGAUGCCAGGGAUUGAACCUGGGAGCCUGCGCAUGCAGAGUGUGUACUCUACCACUGAGCUAUGGCCCUUGCCUCUGAAAGUCUUUGCCAGCCCUCUCAAGUAAUAUGCUUUUGCCUAACCUGCCAGGUUAUGAAGCUGGGACCUUCUGCAUGCAAGGCACGAGAGCUCUUAUAAUUUCCUCCUAGAUCCUCACAACAGCCCCAUAAGGCAGCACAGAUUGAGGUAUAUUGAUGAGUGACAGAAGGAACCUUGUCCAUCUCCUUUAUCGACAAUCCUGGGAAACGUCCAGUACAGUGCAUCUAAGGAAGAGGCGAAUGAUUCUCAAGAAGUGUGUACGUUUAGAAAGAGGACCACAGAUGAUGGCCUGGGCCUGUCCUUAGGCGAGCAAAAGUGUCCAGCAUGGACCAGUAUUGGGGAGGUCUGUGCCUUCGCUGUGGACAGUAUUGCAUACAAGGAAGUCACGGACACAGGAGUGCACAGUUAGAGCUUGGAGUUAAAAUAGGGAGUGUUUGCAACUUCAACACGCCCUCUGGGUUAAGAAUCCAUGUUAUGAUGGUCCUUCUGCUGAAGGAGAGAUCUUCUUGAAAUUUAGCUUGCUACUAAAGGGGCUUAAGAGCUACCCCUUUUAGUCUGCAGAUGGAAGGGCAGCACCACACCACACGCACAGCUGCCUGGCUCCUGGAGACAUCUGGCAGCAUUUGGCACAAGUGGGCUGCUGCCUUUAGCAAUGCCUCUGGCCAUACGCAGGGCUUUGAAGACCCUGGAGAACAGGUGCCUUUUCCACCCACCUCUCAAUGCCAAGAGAGAUGUGAUUAUGCCUCGCCUCGCCUUGGUGUUUGGACUUGUUUUGCAGAAUAAAUGUAAGCUUGCAUUUCCUAUCCUGUUCUCUCUCUUUCAACCAAUGUCCAGAUAUCCAAAGUUUGGGAAAUGCUAAAAAAUUACAUUUUUGGUCUACUACCCCCCCAAUCUCCAAGUUGUCAAACCAGUUCUAGUUUGUUGAUUUGUUUUUACAGGAAUGUAAGUCAACCUCCCCCAACCUGAUGACCUCCAGAUGCUUUGGACUAUAACUCCCUUCAGCCCCAGUCAGCAUAUGGUGGCCGUGGCUGUUGGAAGUUGUAGUCCAAAGAAUCUGGAGGGCACCAGAUUAGGGUAGGCUGGUGUAGACAUUGGAGAAUGAGUGUGUGUUUACCAGCCCCUGUGUAGGGGACUUGUGACUUCCAGAACUUCUUACAGACACUGAACCACAGGCACAGCUAAAACGGAGUUGUGCAUCUCACAUCCCAACGGAAGACGAUGUUGGAGGCUCAGGUGCAAAGGGCAGCAUUUUAUUCAAGAGCACAACUCUUAACAUGUUUUGGUUCCCAAAGGAAGAGUUCUGCUGAGAUGCAGCUGAUCUUACUUUGAGCUGUCCACUCCAAAAAGAUGCAUGGCCUUAUCGCUCCCAGAUGUGUUUUUGAGUGUGCCCUGACAGACAGGCUCUGAUAUCACAUGAAAAGCAAAUUUCCUCAAGACUUAUCAUGAGCCUAGUCCUCAAUGAGGCAGUCAACUUGUGCCAGAGAUCUACCAUGGUAGGCUGAAGAUGGGUGCACAUGUGAUUGAAUGCCCUGUCCAACAAUAGAAAAUAAAACAAAGCCAUCCUCUAAAAAAACCCCUAGAUAUUAGACAGUUUCUAGUCUAAUUUUCUGUAUGGAUUUGUUUUGGUAUGGAGGAGCAUUUAAUCAUAUAACCACACAUCUGCAGUCAAAAGUGUAGAGCCCAGCCAUAGGUGGACCACCUCAGUGAACAACAAGUCCGCCAAAGCACACAAUCUGUUGGCACAUAUGUUAUAGAUGCCUUCAAUGCACUGCAAACUGAUUUUCCUCAGUCAUAAACUUGUAAUAUACUUUCUUUUCUCUCAUCCUUUUGUAAGGAAGGCAUUUUUUUGACUUGGUUCCCCCCUCCCCCCGUGUGUGUGAGUGUCAGUAAUUUCAACCUUUAUUUUUAUUUCUUGAGUGGGUUAAUUGGUCAGUCUUGGCCCUCUGUGUAUUUCUGUCAAACUCUGCUGUGUUUUACUGAACAGAAAAAAGGGUGUAACUUUCCCACCUAUCAU